AUGUCAAAUCUAAAAAUGAAAGAGGCAGCUCUUAUCUAUCUUGACAGAAGUGGAGGCCUCCAAAAAUUUAUUGAAGAUUGCAAGUAUUACAAUGAUUCAAAACAAAGUUAUGCUGUCUAUCGGUUCAAUAUUUUAAUAAAUCCCUCUGAUGUUGUUGAAUUAGAUGCUGAACUUGGAAAUCACAUUUUACACCAGCCCUUGAAAGCUGCUCAAGUUUUUCAGUCAGUGUGUUUUAUUGCUAUUAAGACUCUUUCAUUAAUUGGACAAUUACAGACUGAAACUCAAAUUAAUAUAGUGCUGAAAUUAACACAUUUACCUCCUCUGCCAAGUUAUGGUCUUGAUCUUUGCAAGUUUCCACUCGAUUAUACAUCUCAAAGAUUUUAUGUGAUGCAAGGAAUUGUGAUUGCAAUGACAACUGUAACCAAGUACACACAGGGUGCAAGAUUCCUUUGUUCAGAUGAAGCAUGCCCUCUUUCACAAGGAUUUCAAUAUAUAAGAGUGCACGUGCCUGGUGCUACAGAAUCUGCAACAGUCAGAAAUGACUUCUUGUGUCAUCUAUGCGCUUCUUCACUUCAAGAAGACAGAAAAUUUAGAGUACUUGGUGAUAAACAGAUUGUUGAAGUAAUUACUGCAAAGGCACUUUGUGCUUUUCAGGGAGUUUCUAACAACCAGCCAUUUAGGUUUCAAUCUCUUACAAUUUUCCUGAGAGAUGAAUCGGUGAAUAAAAUGAGUAUAGGAAAUGAGUAUAAAAUUAUUGGAAUUCCGACCUGUGUCAAAACCUCACAAACUGCUGUCUGUGUAGAGGCAAACAGCAUCACUUUUUGCAAUCCAAGAGUUUCUUCAGGAAUUAGCGACAACUUCAGGUGUCUUCUCUCCUUGACAUCCAGCUCACGCUGGAAGUUUACAGCAAUACUUGCCAACAUCUUUGCAUCACACAUUGUUCCUCCUGGGACUUAUAAUUUGCUCAAACUCUGUUUGUUGAUGAGCCUAGUACAGACAAGUGAUCGUAACAAGGAAGUGGAAGAUUGCCUAGAUAUUUUGAUUAUAACAAAUGAUACUCUACUUGUAGACAGGCUUUUGAAGUUUACUAUAAACCUUGUACCCCGUGGUAUACAUCAUCCAGUCUCUUCUGAAAUUUUCCCUACCCUAGCCAGGAAUAAGUAUGGAACUGGAGCAGUUAGCAUUCAAGCUGGCAGUGCUUUGCUAGCUAAAGGUGGUAUCUGCUUUACAGGAGACUUAUCUUUACACAAAAAAGAUAAACUUGAACAACUCCAAUCAGUUCUGGAGAGCAGAACCAUUACAGUUUACAUCCCAGGAAAGAAGUUUGGGGAUGAUAUCGAUCAACAAAUGACUUUCCCAGUUCAGUGCAGUUUUUGGUCUUUUAUUGAUAUGGAUUCAUCACCGAAGAGAAACGUGCAGAAAACCAACACUCUAAUUGGUCAAAUGGAUUGCAGCUUGAUUCCAGCUAAUCUUGUGGAGGCUUUUGGGUUAUUGAUUAACUGCAAUGAAUCAUCUCCUUGCAACCCACUUCUCCCUACUGUGCAACAUACUCUAAAGAAAGCCAUUGACCCUGAAGGGCUGCUUUAUGUAGCUUCUAAACAGUUCACAACCGAAGAUUUUGGAAAGCUACUGGCUUUUGCAAAGAAUUUGCAUGUAGAAUUCAGCUUGGAGGCAGAGAGAAUGAUUCAUGGCUAUUAUCUAGCGAAUCGCAGAAUCAGAACAGGUUCUAUAUGUGGAUCAACACUGUCAGCAUCUGCACUAAAAUAUUUAGUUUCCCUAUCUGAAGCACAUGCUCGACUGAACUUAAGGAAUAAAGUGCUUAAAGAAGAUGUGCUAAUUGCAACCUUAUUAUUUGAAACAUCGCUCACAUUAAAAUAUGGUAAUUUAUUACAUGCCUAAUGAUCACUACAAAUAUUUUUAUUUAAACUUCAGUACUCUUGUCUAUUAAAGUGCUACAUAUAUUUUUUAAAUUAUUUUAAAGAAUAAUAAGCCUUUGUCAGGUGAGGCCUG